AUGUGGGGACCGGGGGUCACGGCCGAGGGCCUGCCGGUGGCACCCGCGCUGCUGCUCGCGCUGGUGGCGCUGGUGGCGCCCUCGCGGGGCGGCGGGAGCUGUGCGGAGCUGGCAUGCGGCGAGCGGGAGCGCUGCUGCGACGCAGCGAACGCCACGGCUGUGCGCUGCUGCAAGCUGCCGCUGCACGCCUUCCUCGACAACGUGGGCUGGUUCGUCCGCAAGCUCUCGGGGCUGCUUAUCCUGCUGGUGCUCUUCGCCAUCGGCUACUUCCUGCAGCGCAUCAUCUGCCCCAGCCCACGCAGGUACCCGCGCGGUCAGGCGCGCCCGGGGCAGGCGGGGGCCGCGGGGCCGCCCCACGACGACGACGCGCCGGCUCUGCUGCGGGACGAGGGGGCCGCGGGCUCGCAGGACUCGCUGCUGGACAGCGGGGGCCGGGGCCGGGGUGGCGCGCGCGCGGCCCCCUCCAGCGCCUCGGAACACGAGCUGCGAGUAGUCUCGCCGGCGUUCCUGCAGCUGCCCAGCUACGAGGAGGUGAAGUACCUGCCCACCUACGAGGAGUCCAUGAGGCUGCAGCAGCUCAGCCCCGGGGAGGUCGUGCUACCCGUUUCGGUGCUGGGCGCCCGGGAACCCGACGGCGAAGGCCGAUUCCCGCUCAUUUGA